AUGCUCUCCCGCGCGGCAAGGCCAGCUCUGCGAGCUGCUGUUGCGGCUCCUCGCGUCGCCGCGAGCGCCCCCAGCACCGCCGCCACCUAUGCCACUCUUCGUGAGAUCGAGGGCCGUCUCAAGUCCAUUCGCAACAUCGAGAAGAUCACCAACACGAUGAAGAUCGUUGCUUCCACCAAGCUCACUCGCGCCCAGCGCUCCAUGAACGAUUCCCGUGCCUACGGUGAGACCUCCAACCAGGUUUUCGAGUCGGCCGAGACCAAGCCCACCGAGGGUGAGGGCAAGAAGCAGCUCGUCGUCGUCUGCUCCUCCGACAAGGGUCUCUGCGGUGGUAUUCACUCCGGUCUGUCCCGUUACAUCCGCCGCACCACUCCCGACGGUGGCCCCUUCGACAUGGUCAUCAUCGGCGAGAAGUGCAGGUCCCAGCUCCAGCGCACCAACGGCAAGGACAUCGUUCUCAACUUCGCCGGUGUCGGCAAGGACGUUCCUACUUUCGGUGACGCCGCCGCCAUUGCCGACCAGAUCGUCCAGCUCCCCACCGAGUACUCGAACGUCAAGAUUGUCUACAACAAGUUCUUGAACGCUCAGAGCUACGAGCCCGCUACCAUUGAUGCCUUUGACGUUGAGGCCAUCACUGCCUCCGCCAACUUCUCUUCCUUCGAGGUUGACGAGGAGCUUCUCCCCAACCUCCGCGAGUACGCCCUUGCCAACUCCCUCUUCUGGGCUCUGGCCGAGGGCCACGCCUGCGAGCAGUCCGCCCGUCGCAACGCCAUGGACAACGCUUCCAAGAACGCCGGCGAGAUGAUCAGCAAGUUCCAGAUUCUCUACAACCGUACUCGCCAAGCCGUCAUUACGGGCGAGCUGGUUGAGAUUAUCACUGGUGCGACGGCCUCGGAGGACAUGUAA